GUGUGUCAGUGUUCAUAUGAGCAGCAGUGAUGAGCAGCAGAAGCCGCAGGUCCUGCACCAAGAGUCGCUCCUGUCUGGGUCGUAAAGGACUGGAGGGACGGUUCUCCAGAGUCAGCCUACAGAAGCCUGGAUGGACAAAAGGCGAGGAUGAGAAGCUGCACAGACUGGUGAAGGAGUUUGGAUCCAGCAGCUGGUCCUCAGUGUCUCUUCACUUCAGGGGUCAGAGGUCAGACGUGGACUGUCAGCGGCGGUGGCAGCAGAUCAAGAAUCCAGAGCUGGUUAAAGGUCCCUGGACUCAGGAGGAGGACACGAGGGUGAUCGAGUUGGUCCAUAAAUACGGCAUGAAACGCUGGUCGCUCAUCGCCAAACACCUGCACAGUCGUAACGGGAAGCAGUGCCGCGAGCGCUGGCACAACCAUCUGAACCCGACGGUGAAGAAGAGCGGCUGGACGCUGGAAGAGGACCGUGUCAUCUGUCAGGCCCACAGGCUGCUGGGAAACCGCUGGGCCGACAUCUCCAAGCUGCUGCCCGGCAGGACAGAUAACUCCAUCAAAAACCACUGGAACUCCACCCUGAAGAGGAAGGUGGAGAAGGAGGGAUACCUGCAGGUCCUCCACCACUCCUCCAUCACCACUACCACCUUCAGCUCCUCCUCCAGCUCCUCCAGUUCCUUCUCCUGCAGACGUUCAUCCAGGACCAGUGGACCCCCCAGGACAGCCAACAUCCUCACCAAGACAGACAGUCUGUCUACUGUGAAGGACGAGUCCAGCUGCACCUCCAGUGACCACAGCACCUGCCGACACCUUUGUAGCCACACCCACCUCUGCUCUGCCUGUGUCCCCGCCUCCUCCUCAGGUUACGACUCCUCUCUGAGCAUGUGCGAGCUGACAGCAACUGCGGAGCUGACAGAGGUGAGCACAGAGAACUGGAGCCACAGCCCACAGGAAGUGACAUCAUCGCUGCCCACCUGUCUGUGCAAAGAGGACGCCAACCUAUCAGGGAUCGAUCUGAGCAGAAGCUAUGUAAGAUAA